AUGAUUGUCACCCGCGGCAUCUCCUUCACAAACUUCUUCGUCGCAUCGUCGGCGCUAGCAUUCCAAGUCUUUGUGCUAUACCCAUGGCACAAGCGAUUGGAUGAUGACUUUGAUCAGCUCAAGCAUGAGCAUUUGAGGGUGUUGAAGGCUAUUGAACGGUUCCAUGGUGUUGAAGCUAGGUUGGCUGUUGAGAAGAAGAUUUAA